AUGCACCCCCUGCCCAGCUUCUCUUUUCCUUUCCUUUUUAUUUUCUUUUUCUUCUUCCUCUUCAUAUGUUUCCACUCAACCCGUGCCCAGCUUCUGACAGAUUCGAGAGCAGGGCAACGCUUGCUGCUCUUCACUCAGCCUGCAUAUAAUGUGUCCAUUUUUGAGAACUCUGCUGCAAGAACCUACACCAGAAGUGAGGCCAAAAUGGGCAUCAUUCUCGGGCCACCUUGGUCUUUUGAGAUAAAAUACUCCAUUGUGUCGGGAGACAGCGAAGGCAUCUUUCAGGCUGAAGAUUUUGUAAUGGGAGAUUUUUGUUUUCUCCGCAUAUGCACUAGGGGUAGUGGUGCUAUACUGAAUCGGGAAGUACAGGACAAUUACACUCUGACAGUUAAGGCCUCGGCCCCAGGAGGCCUAGAGGCUUUAACCACUGUUUAUAUCAGGGUCUUGGAUACAAAUGACCUUCGACCUCUCUUUUCCCCAACUUCCUAUGCAUUUGUUGUUUCUGAGAGUGCCCCUCUGGGUGCCAGCAUAGGACGUGUGACAGCCACAGAUGCUGACGUAGGCUCGAAUGGAGAGUUUUACUACUUUUUCAAGAAUAAAAUAGAUCUUUUUGCUGUUCAUCCGACGAGUGGGGUCAUCACCCUGACUGGUCGACCAAGGAUGGACAAACAGGACCGAUUUGAGCUGGAGGUACAGGUGGUUGACAGAGGGAUGAAACUCUAUGGGAACAGUGGUAUCAGCAGCACAGCAAGGCUUGUACUAACUGUGCAGCGAGUAAAUGAAUUUGCUCCCGUUCUUAGUGCAGUCGCUGUUGUUCCAUCGUGGGAAGAAAAGAACCCAGUGUAUGCAGUAAUUAAUGUGGAGGACAAAGAUGAAGGGGUAUCCGGGGAUAUAGAGUGGGUGUCCAUCAUUGAGGGGGAUCCCUUCGAGCAGUUUGUGGUUGAUCGUUCGCCUGUUGGGAACGAGUACAGAGUUAAAACGUCGGAAGCUGUCAGCUGGGAUACAUUCCCCUAUGGCUGCAACUUAACAUUUCAGGCCAAGGACAGAGGUAUGCCUCCCAAGUUUUCUAAUACCCAAAUUGUUCAGUUGUUGGUUACAAAACCAGACGCAGUGAUGGCGAGUUUCGAAAAAGAUGUUUAUGUAGUCACGCUGAGUGAAAUCGCUCCCCCAGGCUCUGUUAUAGAGGUGGUGAAAAUAUCCCCAGCUCCUCUGAGAGUCAAUUACAGCUUCAGCAACCCUUCAGAUCCAAUGUACUUUGAUAUAAACCCUUUGACUGGAGUUAUUAUGACCACCAGGCAGCUUACAAGGAUAUCACAGGAUUUCAUGGUGAUGGAGGUAGUUGAUAUGAUAAGUGAGCAGCGAACAAGUGUCCAAAUUCAAAUCGAGGAUGCUAAUGACAACUCUCCAGUGUUCAACAAGCCAUUCUACAAUAUUGCCGUCAAUGAGAGCAUACCUGUAGGUACUGUUGUCCUUGUGGUUUCUGCUGUGGAUGAUGAUAAAGGGGAGAAUGGGUAUGUAAGUCACACAAUUAGUGGUGAACAGUCUCUUCCAUUUAGCAUAGACCAGAAAACAGGGGAGGUGAGAAUUAGUAGAGAUCUGGACUUUGAAUCAUCAGAUGAUAUCUACACUUUUGCAGUGCGAGCACGAGAUGGUGACACAGGCUUUAAUGGCCGCGUUCUCUUUUCCAUUUCUGAUGGUAACAAAGAAAACUGCUUCAAUAUUAACAUGGAGAGUGGGCUGAUAACUAUACUGCGGCCACUUGACCGUGAACGAGUGGAUCGUUACUUCCUUAAUAUCACCAUCUAUGAUCAGGGCAUUCCUCAGAUGUCCAGUUGGAGAUUACUGACAGUGAUCAUUGAGGAUACAAAUGACAAUGACCCUCAGUUUUAUCAGGACAGCUACUCUGCCCUUGUUUCAGAAAACUCAGCCAUUGGCAUGGAAGUUAUAACCAUCACUGCAUUUGACAGAGACAUGGGUCAAAAUGGACAGCUCUCCUAUAUAAUGCUCACCAGUGUUCCUCAGUUUGGUAUUGACAGUGAAACUGGAAGUGUAUUUGUUGCUAGCCAGCUGGAUAGAGAAACAUUUCCAAUAUUCAUAUUGAAGAUUGAAGUCAGAGACAUGGCUGAAAGAGGCACUCGAAGGUCCUCAGUGACUACUCUAAGUAUAAUCUUGGAGGAUGUCAAUGAUUGCUCUCCAGCUUUCAUCCCUACCAGCUAUAGUGCUCGAGUACUAGAGGAUCUCCCGCCAGGGACUGUGAUUACCUGGGUGCAGGCUCAGGACCCAGACAUCGGACCUGGAGGACAAGUUCGAUAUUCCUUAAUCAAUGACUUUAAUGGCACUUUUGAGAUCGGUCCUAUAAGUGGGGUAUUGAGAAUUAGAAAAGAGUUGGACUUUGAGAAACAACAGUUUUUCAACCUGACGUUGCUUGCUGAAGACAGAGGAAUCCCCAGCCUUAGGAGCCAGACUUUUGUGGAGUUAGAGGUGGUGGAUGUCAGUGAGAAUUUGUAUGCGCCUUACUUCUCCGACUUUGCUGUGAGGGGCUCAGUGAAGGAGAACUCUCGUGCAGGAACAAGUGUCCUGACUGUCAACGCUAAAGAUGACGACAAGGGACGGGAUGGCGUGCUGAAGUACUCUAUCCAAGGAGGCAGCGGCCUGGGCACUUUCACCAUUGACGAAGACACAGGGGUGAUUUACACUUCUGGUAUCCUGGACUGUGAGACCAAAGACUCCUACUGGCUGACUGUCUGUGCCGUGGACAGGGGGGUUCCACCUCUGUCAGCUUCUGUUGAAGUCUUCAUCCAGGUAGAAGAUGUCAAUGAUAAUGCUCCCCUCACCUCAGAUCCUAUCUACCACCCGACUAUCAUGGAAAACUCUCCAAAGGAUGUGUCAGUCAUUCGUAUUCAGGCGCAAGACCCCGAUCUUACUGCUAUACCCAGUCGUCUGAGUUAUCGCAUUACUGCCGGCAACCCGCAGAAUUUCUUCUCUAUUAAUCCAAAAACAGGUCUUAUCACAACAACAGCGAGGAAACUGGACAGAGAGCAACAAGCUGAACACUUUUUAGAGAUUACAGUAAUAGAUGGCCCGGUGACCACCCGCCAAUCUACUGUGUGGGUCAUAGUUCACGUCCAGGAUGAGAACGACAACCCGCCCACCUUCCCAGAGGUCACCUACCGCAUCAGCUUGCCCGAGCGAGACAGAAACAAACGCGGGGAACCCGUGUACCGUGUCUUCGCUUACGACCGUGAUUAUGGCGCCAAUGGCAACAUCACCUACAGCAUCAUUAGCGGUAAUGAGGACGAAAAGUUCAGUAUCGACCCCAGGACUGCUAUGGUGUCGUCAAAGAAGAUGGUGACAGCAGGCAGCUAUGACAUCCUCACUAUAAAAGCGGAGGACAGUGGCGAUCCGCCAUUAUGGUCUACUGUUAAACUUCAUGUAGAGUGGAUUCGUAAACCUGCCCCCUCACCAGUGCCCCUACUGUUCACCCAGCGGUACUACAAUUUCUCCAUUUCAGAGACAGCUACUGUUGCCCAGCCAGUGGGAGUCGUGGCUAUCAGCCAGUCCAGCACACCUGUCUGGUUCACUAUCAUCGGGAGCUUUGACAUGCAGUUUGACCUCCAACUGGGGGUGGGGACUCUAGUCGUGGCCAAGCCCCUUGAUGCGGAGGUGCAGUCUGUGUACAACAUGACGGUACAGGUGACAGAUGGGACCAACUUUGCCACAGCACAGGUGUUCAUUCGAAUACAGGACAGCAACGACAACCCUCCAGUUUUUUCUCUGCCAGCUUAUGAUGUCAGCGUAUCUGAGGACAUACCAGUUGACAUGGAGCUGCUGCGGGUCAGAGCAUCAGACAUUGAUGAGCGUGCCCGUUUGAGCUUCUCCAUCUAUGGCAGCGUAGACCCGGCCAGUAUGAGGCUGUUUAGGGUCAAUCCUGGCACAGGAGUCGUCUACACCGCAGACAGGCUCGACUAUGAAGCCCGGACACAGCACAUCCUCACUAUUAUGGUCAAGGAUCAGGAGUUUCCAUUUAACCGUGACCUGGCUCGUAUCCUGGUGGCAGUGGAAGAUUCCAAUGAUAACAUUCCCUACUUCACCAGCACCGUAUACGAUGCUACGGCCUACGAGACUUUUUCUGUAGGCACGUCUGUAGUGCAGGUGACGGCCCUAGACAAAGACAAUGGGAUUAAUGGGCAGCUCACCUAUACUAUAGAAGCAGGUAACACCGGUGGUGUGUUUGGCAUUGAUAAUACCACGGGCCUUAUCUUCAUUGCCAAGGAACUGGACCUCACUUCUUUAGGCUUUUACACCCUCAGUGUGCGCGUCACAGACAGUGGAUUUCCCCCAUUAAUGGCCACCGCUUCAGUUCGCAUUUCCUUGAUCCUCUCAGACUUCUCCAAACCGAAAUUCUCUCAGAAGGAGUAUCAGGCUGAGAUUAUGGAGAACAGCAAAACUGGAACUUACGUGAUCACUGUUAGCGCCCUCAGCCGCUCAGCAAUCAUUUAUGACAUCACCAGAGGCAACGAGGAGCGCUGCUUCUUUAUUAACCACCAUACCGGUGUAAUCACUACACGCAAACCGCUGGACUUUGAGCAAACAACAUCUUACUUUCUGGUGGUGCGUGCCCUGAGCAUGGCUGGAGUGGAAGCCAGCACCUCCGUCAUCAUACAAGUAGUGGAUGUGAACGACAGCCCACCUGUAUUCCAACAAAUCAGGUAUGUCGGCGUAGUCAGCGAGGCUGCUCCAAUCAACAGUGUGGUCCUGGCAGAGGACGGUAACCCUUUGGUCAUCCAGGCAACUGAUAAGGAUCGCAACCACAAUGCCCUGUUAGUGUUCGAGAUCAUAGGCGAGACUGCUCGGAUGUUCUUCAGCGUGGACUCUGGGACUGGAUCGAUCCGAACGAUUGCCAGUCUGGACUAUGAAACCUUCUCUGAGUUCGUCUUUCGGGUUCACGUUAGAGAUAGUGGCCAGCCUCCACGGGAUGCUGACAGCCCAGCAGAGGUACUUAUAAAGGUGAUCAACAUCAAUGACUCGCCCCCAAAGUUUUCCCAGGACACUUACGAGACAAUCCUCUUGUUGCCUACCUACAUGGGUGUAGAGGUCCUUAGGGUUAAGGCUCUUGACCCCGAUGUGACCUCUGACCCCACACUUAACCCUGACAAGUCUAUCACACCACAGCUACUUUACUCUUUGGUGGACAGCAAUGUGGAGUUCUUUUCUGUUGAGCCAUACACUGGAGUUGUGACCGUCAUCAAUCAGAACCUCAAUAAAGACCGUUAUCGCUUCAAUGUGAAGGUUUGGGAUGGACGUUUUUCCAGCAUGACAUUGGUCACGGUGCUUGUCCGAGAAGCUAUAGACAGCGGAAUUCUCUUCACCUUCCCAGUCUACUCUGCCUCCAUCCCCGAGAACAUACCCAAUAUCACCUUAGUGACUGUGGUGAGCACAGUUGGUCACCGCCUCAACGAGCCACUCAAGUACACUCUGCUGAACCCCGUUGGGCGCUUCAGCAUUCGGCCCACUUGUGGAGCAGUGUUCACUACCGGUGUGCCUUUUGACAGAGAGGAGAAGGACAGUUAUGAAUUGGUGGUGGAGGUCAGCAGGGAAGAUGAAAUAUUGAGGGUGGCUAGGGUGAUCGUGCAAGUACAGGUGGAGGAUGUAAACGACAACUCUCCACAGUUUGUGAACCUUCCAUACUACGCUGUAGUGCAGGUAGAAGCACAGCCAGGAUCAAGUGUUUUCAGGGUCUCAGCUACUGACAAAGACUACAGUCGGAAUGGACAAGUGACGUACAGCCUUAAGGAGCAGCACAGAAACUUUCAAGUGCACCCUGUGACAGGAGAGCUGACCUUAAAGAGAGCCUUCGAGGCAGAUUUAUCUAACGCAGAGUACAAACUGAUCCUCGUGGCGACUGACGGUGGCUUCCCUCCUCUGUCCAGUGAGGUGGAGCUCCCUGUUAGUGUAGUAAAUAAAGCUAUGCCAGUAUUUGACAAGCCUUUUUAUGGUGUCACUGUCAAAGAGGAUGUGGAUGUCUCCACCUCUGUCUUGUGUAUCAAUGCCAGUAGUCCCGAGGGCCAGAGCGUCAUCUUCACCAUCACAGAUGGAGACCCUUCCCUCCAGUUUGACAUUGGCUUUGACACAGGAAUCAUCCGUGUGAUUUACCCGUUAGACUAUGAGACCACACAGUAUUACCGUUUAACGGUGAAGGCUACCGAUACACUGACCGGAGCUAAGUCGGAGGUCGAUGUGGACAUUGUCAUGCUGGACGUGAACGAUAACCCACCGCUGUUCCUGAACACCUCAUACUCAGCUGUGCUCUCUGAGAACUCCAUGAUUGGAACGCCCGUCUUACAGGUGUUUGCCCAAGACCAGGACACAGAAAAGAACGCCGUGGUGAGUUACCAGAUCCUAUCUGACAUCUACAACAGCACCGACUACUUCAGCAUCGACAGUAACAGCGGGCUGAUAUACACGGCACGUCUGCUCGACUAUGAGCUCAUCCAGCGCCACAACUUCAUUGUCAGGGCGACGGACAGCGGAGACCCUGCCCUUAGCAGUGAUGUUACUGUCUCCGUGACUGUAACUGACACCAAUGACAACCCACCUAAUUUCAGCCAAAUGCUGUACGAGGCCUUUGUCAGCGAGCUGGCUCCCAAAGGACACUUUGUGACUUGUGUUCAGGCAUCAGAUGCUGACAUCUGUGAUGCCAGUAGGCUGAGGUACAGUAUUCUCUCAGGAAAUGAGAAAAUGACUUUUAUGAUGGAGCCAGAUACGGGGGUGCUUCGUCUGUCUAACAAGAGGAGACAAGGCAUGAAACUCUCCUAUCAACUCAAUGUGUCUGUGUCGGAUGGAGUCUUCACCAGCACUGCUCAGGUGAUUGUACGUGUCCUGGGAGCUAACCUGUACAGCCCAGUAUUUAGCCAGAGGUUCUACUUGGCUGAGGUCCAGGAAAAUGCACCGGAAGGGUCAAAGGUCAUUCAGGUCCGCGCAACAGAUGAGGACUCGGGACUGUACGGACAGAUCACCUACUCGUUCAUCAACGACCUGGGGAAAACUCAGUUCACCAUUGAUGCAGAUGGGGUGAUUUCCACUGUUCAGAAAUUAGACCGAGAAAAUCCUUUCAACAAGGACAUGGUGCUAACUGUGAUGGCCCUGGAUGGUGGAGGCCGUGCAUCAUUUUGCACAGUACGGGUGGUUCUCGCAGAUGAGAAUGACAACGCCCCCCGGUUCAGAGCAGUGGAGUAUCGUAUGAGCAUUAAAGCAAAUGUUGCCAAAGGUUCGCUUGUCACUCAGAUCCAGGCCACUGACCCAGAUGCUGGGUCUAAUGGAAGGAUCACAUACUCACUUUACAGUGAGGCACGCCUAUCUCUGGUCGAUGUUCUGGAGGUGGAGCCAGACAGUGGCUGGAUGAUGACUAAAAGCACAGUGGACCACCUCCAGGGUACUGUGCUGUCCUUCUUUGUCAAAGCCACAGAUGGUGGUUCUCCGGCUAAGCACUCCCUGGUGUCCGCCUUCAUCCACGUAGUCCCUCCAGAUGCAUUCGUUCCCUCGUUCAGCCAGCCUCAGUACUCCUUCACCAUCCCUGAGGACACAGCGGUAGGAACCGCCCUGGGGUCUGUGUACAUGGGCGCUGGACAGACCGGGUUCUUUAGUGCAAUCGCAGGGGAGACGCUUGACAGCAACCAGGAGGGGACCUUCCUGGUGGAGAAGGAGACUGGUCUCAUCCGUCUGGUGAAACCGCUAGACUAUGAAGAGGUCAGCAUCUUCCGCUUUAAAGUUGCAGCAACAACAAGACGAGACCUGAUUGAGUCAGUCUCCACUGUAGAUCUGGAGGUUAAGAUCCUAGAUGUCAAUGACAACAAGCCGCUGUUUGAGACCAGCACCUAUGUAGCCACGGUGAUGGAGGGGAUGCCUGUGGGGACCAGAGUGGUCCAAGUGCGUGCUCUUGAUCCAGACUGGGGCUCUAAUGGGCAGGUAACCUACAGCCUUGGUCCUCUGCUCACCUACAAUCUAGACUUGACAAGGGAUGCCAGCUCCUUCUCCGGGCCUGUGUCUACCACUUCUGUCUUUGCCAUUGACAGUAAAACAGGUUGGAUCACCACAGUGAGUCAGAUGGACCACGAGGCCUGCUCCAGCUACAGCUUUGAAGUAGUAGCGUCUGAUCUGGCCGAGUUACUGCCUCUCUCCUCCACCACAGUGGUGACCAUCACUGUGUCAGACGUCAAUGACAACCCGCCACUGUUUGAGAGGGAGUUGUACCGAGGUGCCAUAAAGGAGAGCGAUCCCCUCGGUGAAGUGGUGGCCGUUCUGAAAACCAAAGAUCGAGAUGGCACGGAUCAAAACCGCCUCGUCAGCUUUUGCAUCACUGGGGGAAAUCCACGGGGAGUGUUCGGCCUGGCCCUUGUGCAGGGGGAGUGGAAGGUUUAUGUGAGUGGUCUGCUGGAUCGCGAGCAGCAGGACUGGUACCUGCUCAACAUCACUGCCAGCGAUGGCCUUUAUGUCGCUCACACCGCAGUGGAGGUUACAGUCAUGGAUGCAAAUGACAACAGACCCAUCUGCAACCAGGCCGUGUACAGCACCUCUUUUCCUGAGGACGUUCCCAUUAACAAGGGCAUUCUGAGAGUGGGUGCAACAGAUGCUGACUCAGGCUCCAGUGCUGAGAUCCAGUAUUCACUGUUUGGCAUUGGGGUUGAAGAUUUCUACAUGGAUGCAAACACUGGUGAGUUGCGUACAGCCAUUGUGAUGGACCGAGAAUUGGCCCCCAGUUACAAACUCAUCGCCCAGGCAACUGACGGGGGAGGCCUGUUCUGUCGCUCUGAUAUUUUUCUCAAAGUGUUAGAUGUGAAUGACAAUGCCCCCCUCUUCUCAUCCACUCAUUACCUGGCGAGCGUGUACGAGAAUGCUUCGCCUAAGGCUUUGCUCACCCGUCUACAAGCCAGCGACCCAGAUGAAGGUCUGAACCGUACAGUGCUGUAUUCUCUGGUGGACUCAGUGAAUGGGUUCUUCUCCAUCGACCCGGUAACUGGAGUAGUAGUUCUGGAGAAGUCUCUGGACAGAGAGAGCCGGGACUCCUAUCGUGUUCGUGUGCAGGCCACUGAUCGAGCUGGACAACAGGGGGCACUGUCCUCACAGGUUGAUUUGACCAUUUUAGUGCUGGAUGUGAAUGACAAUGCUCCAGUCUUCCAGAGAAGAGACUAUGCCGUAACUGUCCCCGAGGAUGUAGCCGUGGGAACCGAGGUGGUGCGAGUCCUGGCAACAAGCGCUGACAUCGGACCUAAUGCUGAGAUCACGUACAACAUCCGUUCGGGUAAUGAGUUAGGAAAGUUCACCAUAGACAGGAAAUGGGGUUCUAUUUCAGUGGCUGAUGAUUUGGACUUUGAGGUGUGUAAGGACUAUUACCUCACCAUCGAGGCCUGGGACAAUGGCAACCCUCCUCUUAGCACAGCUACAAUGGUAACCAUUGAACUUAUGGAUGUCAAUGACAACGCUCCAGCCUUCAGUCAGGACAUCUACAAUUUACUGGUCAGCGAGGAUGCAUCUGUUGGGCAGACAGUUACAAGGGUAGUGGCUGAAGAUCUGGAUAGCCAAGUGAAUGGGCGUAUCACCUACUCUAUCCUGAAAGGUGACCGAAACAACCACUUCUGGAUUGACCCUGUAGCAGGACUUCUCAAAGUCAACAAGAAGCUUGACAGAGAACUUGUGUCCAGGUACUCUUUGUCGGUACAGGCGUUUGACAGUGGCUCUCCUGCGAUGUCCUCCACAGUCACAAUCAACAUCGAUAUCUCUGACGUUAACGAUAACCCCCCAGUUUUCAAUCCUCCCAACUCCACGGUGGUCAUACAGCUAAACCAAGCUGCUGGCACCACCCUGCUCCAGUUAUCAGUCAGCGACAAAGACUCCCCUAAAAAUGGUCCUCCCUUUGAGUUUCGGAUCAAGUCAGGAAAUGAGGGAAACUUCUUCUCCUUGGACCAGACUGGGACUCUGAGGUCUAACCGUGUGUUUGGCCCUGAAGCCCCCAGAGAAUUCACUCUUGAAAUCCAGGCAACUGAUUCUGGCAAGCCUAGUCUCUCCUCCUCUUCCUGGGUAUUUCUGAGGGUCAUUGGGAACAGUCAGUACAAGCCGACUGUCUCCCCUCUGGAGAUCUUCAUCGUCAUGGUCACGGAUACCUUUCCAGGUGGCCCGAUCGGUCGGAUCUCUGCAACUGACCGUGACCUGAGUGACGUUUUGUCAUUCACCCAGAAGCCUCAGCCCAAGAGCAUGUUUAAGGUCAACAGACAGGAUGGCAGCAUUGUUGCGCUGCCAGGCCUGGAACCUGGCAGGUACCAGAUGAACGCUACAGUGAGCGAUGGACGUUUUGCUGUCAUAGCUGAUGUUUCCAUCCAGGUCGAACAGGUGACAGAUGUCAUGCUGCGUAGCGCUCUGACCUUACGUUUCAACUUGCUGUCCCCAGAGGACUUACUUAGUCGCUACCUUAGCCAAAUUAAGCUAACGUUACGGGGACUAGGCGGAUGGAAAUGGUCACCAGGGCAGCAGGAUCCUCUUCACAUACUCGGUGUACAGCCAGUGAUGGGGACAUCGGAUGUGGAUCUGCUUCUAGCCAUGGAGAGGCCAGAGACACCGGGCAGUGGACGCAUGGGUGUGUUCUACUCCCAGCAAGAGCUGUCUGCAAAGCUGGAGGAGGGGGCAGCACAGGGUCAGAUUCGUGGCGUGCUAGCUGGGGCUGUGGUGGUGAGCAGCGCUUGUUCUGGCGAGCUGGAGUGUGGGGAUAGAGUGUGUGAAAACACACUUGUGAUGGACGGGAGCUCGCCUGUCACCUACAGCACAGAGAGGGUCAGCUUGGUGUCGCCUACGUUCAGCCGCAAAGAGACCUGCACCUGUCCCGGAGGGACAUGCCCCACCCCUGUGGAGCUCUGUGAAGGUCAGUCCUGUCCAGCUGAUAUGCAGUGUGUGCGUUCUGGUCCUACUGCGCCAUCUGUCUGCCAGUGUCAGCCUGAGAGACUAGAUGACUGUGCAGGCCAGACCUCGCUGAGUUUCUCUGGAAACAGCUACAUCAAGUACAGAGUGACAGCAAGUGGCCAGAGUGGAGAGAUGAAGCUCGGCCUCAGGAUCAGAACACUUCAGAGAAGAGGAGUCAUUAUGUUCACACGGGUUAACCCCUGCACCAUGCUUAAGAUUGAAGGGGGUCGACUCUGGUUUCAGUUGGACUGUGACAACACCCUUGGCAUUAUGGGUAUCUCUGGCAGACCGAUAAAUGAUGGCCUGUGGCAUGCAGUUACUUUGGAGCUGACCAUGAACUACACUCUCCUGUCAUUGGAUGACAGCUAUGUGGAACGUCGCCGGGCGGCCAGAGCCCCGGUUCGUCUUUGGCCUUUGGCACCAGAUUCAUCAUUUUUCUUUGGGGCCCAAGUCAGGCCACUAAAUGGGCAAGGUGAGAAGCCAGGCCCUGGGUCAGCAAGAAGCCAGGGAGGGCCAGGGCUUGGAGAGCGUGGCGUAAGGGGCCCUCCAAGAGCUCAGGACGGCUUCCAGGGGUGCCUGGGCUCACUGAUGCUGAACGGAAAUGAGCUGCCGCUCCAGAAUAAAAGGAGCCGUUAUGCUGAGAUAGCAGGGCUCAGCGAGGUCAAACUGGGCUGCGUGCUUUAUCCAGAUCCAUGCGUCAGUCAGCCCUGCCUCAACGGAGCAAUCUGCAGUAGCCUUCCCUCUGGAGGUUUUAUGUGCACUUGCAGUGUUGGAUUCACUGGGGGGCGCUGUGAAAUUGAACUGACAUCCUGCAUGCCAAACCCCUGCCAGAAUGGUGGAGACUGCAAGCCUGUAGGCAGCGCAUUCCUCUGUGGCUGUCCUACUGGACUCGGGGGACUUACAUGUGACGGCGACGUCAACGAGUGUGACCAGGAAGCGUGCGGAAAUGGAGGAGAGUGCGUGAACACAUUCGGGUCAUUCUACUGUAACUGUUCAGAAGGGUACGAGGGUCAGCUGUGCGAUGAUCUGACGCCUGGUGAUCCUGGGGAUGACACACAGGCUGAGCCUCUGUCUUACGUCGGACCAGGAGAGAUAAUUGGCAUUGGGGUCCUUGCGUUUGUCAUCAUUUUCCUCCUCAUACUCUUCAUCGUCUUUAGGAAAAAAAUCAAAUUCAGGAAAGACUCAGAUCCAGGCCCCGGUAUUCAGACUGGGAUGGGCAUCUCGGCUAUCUCCACAGAAACUAGCUACAUGCUCCACAAGACUGGCAUGGGAGCAGAAGGGAUUGAGUUUAAAGCUGUUCGUGUAUCAGACUCACCAGCGACCACAAGCACCUAUGGUGAGGUGGGAGGCAGCAGUGUGGGCCCUCCCCAGGUCAUGGUGCGCCCGACUGCCCACUCCCCUCUACCAGGAGGACUCAGUGGUGACAGGACCACUUCCAGUGAAGGCAGUCAGAUUAGCAGCUUCCUCUCAGACAUGUCUAAUGUCCGAGGUAUGGCCAACAGGCGGGGCGUCGCAGUGUGCAGUGUGGCACCCAAUCUCCCUUCAGCAUCUGCUUGCCGCUCAGAGCAUAGCCCGGCCCACAAAGUGUCCUGGGAAGGCGAAGAAAUGAGGGAGAAAGAGCUGGAGAGGGCUAGAGAUGAGAGAGAGGAGGAGUGGGGGCAGAGAGCUUUUGAGCUGGAGAGAACACAGAGAGAUAACAGUCCACAGGACGUGUCGGAACUGGCGGACGGGCUGGGGUGUCUCUCAGACUCCACUUCUGAGGAGCACUCACUCAGCUCCUACACUUCAGAGUCCUUCGAUGACAACGCCUCCAUAGUGACAGUGAUACGUCUCGUCAAUGAUACUGUUGAUAACAUUGAAAGUGAAGUGUCAAACAUGGACAAAGAACAGCGGCGUAGCAGCCCUGCAUACCGCUGGGAGUCUUCCUGUCAGACUUCAAGCUGGGUGUCGCCAUCACGUCUGCGUCCACCUGAGGUAGGAUCCCAUUAUGAGCUUAAUGACACCCAGCAGAACAUCAGACGCGGAGGCAGCACGCGCUCUCUGCAGCUGGACUACAGGGUGAUGGGCUACAGCGCGGACAAAAGCCGUGAGAGGACACAUGAAACUGGGAGGAGGACCUUUCAGUGGGAGAGGAAUCAGUCUGGAGAGUGGGAGAGAAAACACACCCCGGACAGAAAAGAAAAGAGAAGGUACAAGGAGGAAGGAAGGAAUAUGAACAUUAGGACCAAGGACAUGGAGGGACACCAGGACCAUGGAGAUCAGCAGCAGCAGCUGCAGGACCAAGACAGCUGUGACGACAGCUCCUCGCCCGUGUAUGAAGAAUACCAAGAGUCCAGCCAUGAUCUGGAACAAAAUGAAGACACGGAGAGCCUUUAUGAUACUCUACCCCCAACUCGGCGAGCCUAUGAAGGAUAUCCGUCCAGUCCCCCAGGGCUAAACCUGCACCCAGCUCAACUUAUGCCCCCCCUCAGGGCUUGGGACUUACAGACAGAGGAAUGGAGGGGAUCACGGGAAGACCAUGGAGGGCUUGGCUCUAAUAGUCUGGCAGGUUCUGGGGAUGAGUUAGAAAGACUACUGAACCUGGUGUCACUGAGAGCCAGGAGAGCCACACGAAUAAACAGAGCCUCUACCAGAUCUGAACCUGCAGCAGGCUGGGAUGGGCUGAAAUGAGCUCACGCUCAAGACUCAUUAAAACAAACAGAUUUUCUGUUCCUUUGCAAAUCACAGAGUGGCGGUGAUCCUCUCUGGUUACAGUUCACAUUUAUAAUCUACUCGAACAUUGGUCCACCACCUAAAAAAAAUAAUAAUUGGACAAGAAUAUUAACAUACACACUUUUAUUAUCCGACAUUAUUAUCCUUGUGUAAACAAGCACUAAUCCACCACCAAUCCCCUGGCUCAUUUAUAAGCGGGAGGAAUAAGAGGAAAUAUACGUGUCUCUUCACAGCUUCACCUGUGCUGCGAUUGGCUCUGAAUCAGUGCUUUUACAUGUAUUAUUUAGACUCACUGAAGCAGAACAUUUGGAGCUUGUUUUAGAUCGCGUACCCCUGUAUGUGCAAAUUUUCAAAUCAUGUAUUUCGUUCAUCGCUGUGUCGGAUCGCACAUGUACUGGCACACAAUUAUUUUGUUAACUCAGCCGUGCAAUACUUAAUGCAUUUAUUAUUUUUUACUGACACGCGCUCAGGUUUGUUUUGCAGGGAGCUUUUCGCUCGCAUCCCACACAGAGACUGAGAGUAUUAAGAUUACCUGAGGUUGAUACCGGGACAUCUUUUACACAAUCAUUUAAUUUUCCUAUGUGGAUUUAUUUAUUUAUUCAUAUUUGUAGCUUUGCUUAUGAGUUUCUUCAUGAGCACAUGCGUUAUAGUUACCUGGCCUGUGUAGAUAUGAUUAAAUACAACACUAAGGAUAUAUUUUUUUAUUUACUCAAUCGGCUGUUCUAAGUGUGUAGAAGGACACAGAGCUACUUAUUAAAACACAUUAAUUUAAUCAAAAUGUACAUAAUGUCAUUUGAAUAUAUUGAAGCUUUAGCAGUGCUUCAGGGAGACUGAAGCCCGCUUUACACCUGGUGUUAACAUGUGAAAUGAAUUUCGGGGCAUUAUGUGCUGAACGGCUUAGAGAAUUGUGUGGACAUGCAACCGUGAAGUACAGAAUCACUCACCCAGGACAUGUGCUCAUGGUUGGCUCGCUGAUAACGCAGUGUAAAUGCUGCUGCAUUCCCAGUUCACACACAACAAAGGGAAUGCAAAUGAAAAUAAACUCCAUGUAACGAAGCUUCGAAACAGCGCUGUUCUCUGAGAAUAUUCCUAGUUGACUCCUUGUUGGCUAGGAGUAAUUACAGAUAAACAUAUUCAUAGUAGCUGUUCGGGUCAUUUGUGGAUUUUUAAAAAGGCACACCACGUGCACAAAAAUGCACACACCUCUUCCCAUGCACAAACUGGUAUUUGUAAAGGAAGAAUGUGUGGACCGUGUUCAUGCUUCAGACCGUGACAGACCAUCGUGAGGCAAGCCCGACAGAAUGGAGAGAAGAUGAAAAAUGAACCGAGACAGAAGUGAAGAAAAACAGCCAAUUUGGCUGAGCUUGCAUUCUCUGUUAUCAAUAUAUAUAUUUCCAGCUCAUAAACACAUCAUCAAUAACUUAGCCUCUGCACACCGCCACAGUGGAUUUUAAAUCAACCAGUCAACCUGUGAUUGAAGUGCAGACUUUAAGCUUUAGUUCAAGGGAUUUAACAAAAAUGUGCCAUUAAUAUUGUUUAGGAAUUACUGCCAUUUUUAUAGACAAUCGCCUAUGUAGUUGGGUGGUUGACUGACAAGCAGUUUUAUGGCCAGAUGAGACCUGUUUCCUGUUUAUUUCAUUCAGUUCUAGAUCUUUUAUCUCCCUGGAGAUGUUCUGUCAGAUCUUCAAAGAGUCACUGUGAUGGUGUACAGAAGCAAACACUGAAACAUUGUCCAAAUACUUAUGGACCUACAGUAAAUGUAUAUGUACAUUUACAAAUUUCACUGCACAUUGUUAUGUAUGCUAGACUUGAUCAGACCUCCUUUUCAUGUUCUGCUUGUUCUUUCUCUUCUUCGUCAUCUUUCUCUUAUUAUUGUUUUCGGUGUAAUAAUUGUGGGUGCUAGCUGUAUAUGAUGGCCUGCUUUCCUCCUGUGAUCUGAUGUACUUUUUGCCUCUUGUUUGCAGUCUCCAGUUUUUUUUUUUCUGUCUCUUUUUGUUUUUACUUCUGCCAGGAUCCUCUGCCCUGAACUUCUAGAGGUGAAAACUUUUUUUCUCCCAUCACUAGUUUCUCUUAUGUUCGUGAUUCCAGAACUGAGAUCACCAAAUACACAUUUUAAUUACUCCACUACUCAUAUUAGUGUCUCAGUCUCAGAUUUGGGGAAAUUGCACUUCUUCUUUGCUGUGUUUUUUUCAUUGUCAUGUCUAAUCACUGCUGGAUUUAUAUGCAAAUGAGGAAUAAGGGAGGAUUUACAUCCAUUCAUUAUGAAAGCUCUAAGUGGAAAUCACGCACAUGCGUAAAGUUUCGCUUUGAUUGAGAUUUAUAAAAGAGCACCAUGCGUAGGCACGGCUUUACAAAUAUGAGUAAAGGAUUAUAGAUUCACUCGUAAAUCUGCAUAAACUUUUAUGCAUCUGGCUCCUGUCAGAACUAAAGGCCACCUUCAUGUCAC